UGCACUGUAUAUGGAAAUGUAUAUUAUGUGAGAAAUUAAAUACCACGGCAUACUUUCAUAAGGCGGACACUCGAGGAAUUAAAUUUUUGGGGCAUAAAUAUGAACAUUGAUAAGUGGUGAAGUUGCUUCCAUGUGACCAAGAGGUCUCGGAUUCAAGCUGUGGAAACAACCUUUUACAGAAAUGCAGGAUUUAGGUGGCAGGAAAAUGGGCAAGUCUUCAAAGACAUCUAAAAAAGUAGAGGGGAGUGAAAGCAACUCUGAAUUUGAGAAGGAUGAAAUAUUAAAUGAGAUGUCGGAUGAUGCUGAGAACUUUGAUGACGACAGCGACAACAACAAUGACUUGAUUGACAAGGACAAUGAGGUCGACCAUGAUGAUAGUGAAGAUGAAAGUGGAGAACAAGAGGAAGAGGAAGAGGAGGAUGAGGAAGGAGAUCAAGAAGAAGAAGAAGAAGAGCGAGAGAAACUGAUUGAGGAACAGAAAAAUGCUGAAAUGGAAGAAAUUGAGAAAGAAAUUAUGGAGCUUAAGCACAAGGAACAAGAUCUUUUGAAGAAUCUGACGCGACAUAAGGAUGAGGAUCUUCUCAAAGGUCAAGCAGUUAAAAACCAGAAGGCUCUAUGGGACAAGACACUUGAGCUACGAUUCUUGCUGCAAAAGGCUUUCUCGAACUCCAAUAGACUUCCUCAGGAACCAAUCAGGUCUUCCUUUUGUGAUUCGGAGGACACAGUUAAAGAUGCAUAUUUGGAUCUCCUUGCCUCUUCCAGAAAAACCUUGGAUUCUAUACUGGAAUUGCAAGAGGUACUGCUGGAGAAGAAUCCAUCAAUUACUCAAUCAAUGGAUGGUAAAAGGUCGAAGCCUUUGGACGAUUCUGUAAAGUCAAGUGAAAUUGAUGAAGAUUGGCAGAAGAUUUCUGAAAUGCAUUCAAGGAUGGCUUCUUUUAGGGACAAAUCAAUAGAUAAAUGGCAGAGAAAGACCCAGGUGACCUCUGGUGCUGCCGCGAUCAAAGGCAAAUUGCAAGCAUUUAAUCAGGAUAUUAGUCAACAAGUAGCUGGUUAUAUGAGGGAUCCUAGCAAAAUGAUAAAAGGAAUGCAGCAAAGUAGAUCGGCGGUUGCCCUAUUUGGAACUGUUCCAGAUGCUACUGGCAAUGGAGAGGGAACAAACAUGGACGGUGAUCCGGAACUGCUGGAUGACUCUGAUUUCUAUCAGCAGUUGCUGAAGGAGUUUUUUGAGGCGGUAGAUCCAGCAUCAUCUGAGACAGCAUUCUAUGCGCUGAAGAGACUGCAAACUAAGAAACGAAAAAUUGUUGAUCGACGUGCUUCGAAGAGUCGUAAAAUCAGGUACAAUAUUCAUGAAAAGAUUGUCAAUUUCAUGGCUCCUCAGCCUAUGAAUCUUCCAGAAGUGGCCCCCAAAUUGUUUGAGAAUUUGUUCGCAGGUGGCCCUACCCUAUGCCACUUGCUUUAAGCCCCAAAUUUGAAGACUUCUGGAGUUAAUUCCUGUUAGAUAUAAAAUAUGUAAUUCGGAAAUUUUUGCUGUCAAGAUGUGCACCCAAAGAAUGUGUUGGGGUCUUGUGUAUAUCCCCUCCAAGGAUUCAAGCCACACUUUAGAAGAAUUGAAACACAAACUCAUGAUAUGGAGUUGAGUAUUGCAAGUCAGAGAAAGACUUCACCUGUUUUUGAUCUGUGGAAGGAAGCUGAAGAAUUCAAUAGUACUUAUUUAACGAUAAGUAGAUCUUUUUAACUCUGUGUUAUUUGGGAGGAGUUAAAGUAUAGAUGAAAGUGGCAGAUAAUUUAAGCUGUAGCCACUUUGUUCAGCGUUCAUAUAGUUGGAACCUAGUUGGAUCUAUUUAUUUUAAACGACUUUGGCUUAA